CGCGUAUGGCUGAGAUAUGGGAUUUGGACAAAGAGGAACAAAUUAUAGUUGUUGUGAAUGCUCAUCAUAUACCAAUAGGUGAUGCAGCUGCAAAGCUAAGUAGAUUCAUUGGUACCAUGGUUAGAAUGUCUGAUUUCGCCCCCUUGACUUACACAAUUUGGCCUGACGUUCCAGUUAGAAAGAAGGAAGAAAUGUGGGAGAUAGUGAAGGAAAAGUUUCAAUUUAGAACAUUGGAUGGAAAAGAGGUUACAGAAGGAGAGGCAUUUAAAUGCAUAAAUGUGUGGACACUUGAGAACAUGAGUGCUAAGUGGAGGACUUGGAAAAAUGAAUUGAAGAACAUGUACUUUGAUGAUGCAUUGACGCCACUUGAAAUGCAUUCACAUGUUCAUGAUAGUCGAGUAAAUAAAGAUCAAUUCAUAAGCAUUGCUACACAUUGGC